GCGGGGGAUUCAUGCAGUCAGCCGAGUUGCUCUCCCACUCAUUCAGCACUCACCAGCGCAGCUUGGUGCAAUCACACCACUGCUCCAGGCGUCCUUUGAAUCAACCUUUGCGGUGGAUAUGCUGUGAUUACACGUCUCAUUUAACGGAGCUGACAGAGUGCAUGGGUUUUGCACCUUUGUUUAUUACAUUUGUUCCAGAGCAAGAGCAUCAGUCUGACACUUGAGUGAAUCUCUGUCCUCCGAGCUAAAGUCACUUUCUAAGGAGCUCCAGCAGUCUUCUAAGGCUGUAUCUGUAUGGAUGGGAAUGGGAACACGGUCUGCCCGCAGUAACCAUGUACAAAUUACAUGGAAACAUCACGUUUUCAUCAUACUGCUGUUUGUUAUCGUUUUAGCUUCCCAAGCAUGGGCACAGUGUAGGAUCCUGAGAUGUAAUUCAGAAUUUGUAGCUGCAACAUUAGACCUAGGAGGCAGUGGUGGUGGGAAAGAUGCAGGCAAUGUGGGUUACUGCAGCGCCCUGCGUUCCUAUGCCACCUGCACCCGGCGCACUGCCCGUGCCUGCCGUGGUGACCUGGCUUACCACUCUGCAGUACAGGGCAUCGAGGACUUGCUCAUCCAGCACCGCUGUCCUAAGUCAGGGCCCACAGCUCAACCCCGGCCUCUACCCCAGGCCCCAGUAUCUGGGGAUGCCUGCUUUUAUGAGAAAAGCUAUGUGCAGCGCGAAGGCCGUGCACCAGAGUACCUGCACUGUGGUGUGUUCGGAGACCCUCAUAUUCGCACUUUCAACAACGAGUUCCAGACGUGUGCUGUACCUGGGGCCUGGCCCCUCAUUGACAACCAGUUUCUCUACAUCCAGGCUACCAGCUCACACACUACAGAGAGCUCUUAUGCCACUGCACUCACCAAGGUCACAAUAAUUUUUAAAAACUGGAGGGAAUGUGCUGAGCAGCAGAUUUACCAGGCAGAGGUGGACAAUGUACCUGCAGCAUUUGUAGAUGGUUCUACAAGCAGUGGGGAGCGGCGAGGUCAGCACAGCCUGCAGGUGCAUUCCCAGGCCCUGGGACGGCAUGCUGAGAUCUGGGCAGCGCACAUCGGCACCACAGUUGUGGUACGUCAGAGCGGCCAUUCACUUGGGCUGGCUGUGCGUUCUCCACGUGCUAUUAUUGAGUCAUAUACCCUUGAACAGGACCUGCAGCUGUGCCUGUGGGGAUGCCCAGCCUCUCAGCGCUUACACACACCACCUGUGUUGCCUACUACGAUUGCAUACAUACACUGCUCAUCUCUACUGCCGGCCCAGGACGUCUACUUCCAGGCGUGCCUUUUUGAUCUGCUGGCCACUGGGGACAUGAACUCCAGCUCAUCUGCGCUCGAGGCUUUGGAAGAUGCCCGAGCCAUGAUUGCUGACCCAGAAAAGGUGCAUCUCGUGGCAACUGCAUCAAGCAGGCAGCCAUCAUGGCUCAUAGCAAUAUUCAUGACUCUGCUUACAUUUAGACUCAUAUUUUGAAUGUGAUCAUGUUUAUAUCAUUCAAAUGGCAGCUAUUUCCUAUUUUAAGAUUUUGUUACUUUUUUUA